AUGAGGAUAGGAAAUCAUUCGUUGGUGUCUGAGAUUGUGUUGGUGGGACACACCAGAUCUUUGGAGAUGCAACUAGUCCUUUUUCUAGUUUUCUCUGUAUUCUAUGUAACAGGUGUUUUAGGAAACCUUCUCAUUGUGCUCACAGUGAUCUCUGAUUGCCACUUACACUCCCCCAUGUACUUCCUGCUGGCCAACCUCUCCUUUAUUGACAUGUGGGUUUCCUCCAUUGCAGCUCCCAAGAUGAUUUCUGAUCUUUUCAAGGAGAGGAAAGUAAUCUCUUUCCAAGGCUGCAUUGCUCAGAUGUUCUUCAUUCAUGUUAUUGGAGGAACUGAGAGGUUCAACAUGGCCUUUGACCGUUAUGUUGCUAUAUGUAGGCCUCUUCACUACUUGACCAUCAUGAACUUCAGAACUUGUAUUUUACUCUUAGUGGCUGCCUGGGCCAUUGGAAUCAUCCACUCAUUGAUCCAACUUGUAUUUGUUGUAAACUUACCAUUCUGUGGCCCCAAUGAAGUUGACAGCUUUUACUGUGACCUUCCACGAUUUAUUAGGCUUGCUUGCACAGACACUUACAGAUUGGAGCUCAUGAUCACUGCCAAUAGUGGUUUCAUCUCCCUGGGAACUUUUUUCAUUUUGAUUAUCUCCUAUAUCUUCAUUUUGGUCACUGUUUGGCAACAUUCUUCAGGUGGCUUGUCCAAGGCCCUCUCUACCCUGUCAGCUCACACCUCAGUGGUGGUUUUAUUUUUUGGUCCAUGUAUUUUUGUGUACUCUUGGCCAUUUCCCACAGUGCCAGUGGAUAAAUUCCUUGCCAUUUUUGAUGUAAUUAUCACCCCAUUUCUGAACCCUGCCAUCUAUACAUUUAGGAACAAAGAGAUGAAGAUAGCAAUGAGGAGAAUAUUCAGUCAGGUGUUGAGUUUCAGGAAGUUCUUUUAA